AUGGCCACAUCCUCUGCAGACCGCAGUAAGCUGCAAUCCAGCAUGUUCAUCUUCGUCAUCGGAGAGGGAAAGACCGAGUUUCGCGUCCACGGCAAGAAUAUUUUAGUGCUGUCCAAGCCUCUUGAUGCUUUGCUGGCCAGAGAGAUGAAGGAAGCCCAGGACUGUCGAAUCGAGUGGCCCGAUGUCGAUGAGGGCACCUUCGUUCGCUUCAGUCAGUGGAUAUCCACACAAGAUUACGAUCCAGCAGAGCCUGUCACCGAGACCGAGGACGUCAAUGCCGGUUAUCUUUCUGCCUUGCUACCAUUGUACGUGGUAGGCGACAAGUGGCUCAUCCCCAAGCUAAAGCAGCUCACUCUACACCGAUUGUACGCUACACUCCGGGACUUCACUCUGUACCCCAACCGUGUUGAAGACCUCUGCGUCCUCGCUACAUAUGUUUUCGAUCAUACGGUACCAGGCGACGAGAUGAGGGAUUUGAUCGUCAUGUAUUUCGCUUGUGUCAUCGACCAAGUAAUCGAAUGUGACGACGUGGCGACAAUCGUGGAUGGAAUCCCCGGUUUCGCUUUCCAGCUGAUCAAGAAGAUGGCCAGUAAACCUAAGUCACUACUCCGGGGCUCCUGA